AGUGUGGAGUUGUAUAAAUGCUGGAGCCGCUGCUCUUUGCUUUCCGAGUCCUGCUGGACUUUGUACGAGGAGCAGUUUUUAAGAAGUAAAAAGAAGAGGGUUUUAGACACAGGUGAGGCAUCGAAAGAAAGGAGAUCACAGAGUGCGCUUUAGCCCCAGUUGCAAUGGAGGACAGUGACCACGAGCAUUCCUCUUCAUCAGAUGAACAAGACUCCUGUCCAGCUUCCCCUAAUCAGAGCAGACACCAUGAUCAUGAUCACCAUGAACAGCCCUCAAGCCAUUCAGAUGACUCAGAAGUGGAAAACAUUAUGCAGGACCCUCAGCAUCAUGGUGGGCACGGUCUCCGCCAUCACAAGCAUCACCACCAUCAUGACCCCGAGGCUCAUGAUGCGGACAGGCAGGCCGAGGGCAAUGACCGCCCCCACACCCCGUCAUAUUUGCGGCCCCCCGUGGCCGGCAGGGCCCAGUCAGAUUCGGGUUCAGACUCCGGUUUGCCACAAAGCCGAAGCGUGGAGUUUGACUUGCCGUCCCCCGUCAGUCCCUCCAGGCCAAAGAGCCCCUGGGUUCGAUUUGACCCAUACGACAGUAGCGAGGACCAGGACAAGGAGUACGUGGGUUUCGCAACGCUGCCAAACCAGGUGCACCGCAAGUCUGUCAAGAAAGGAUUUGACUUCACGCUCAUGGUAGCAGGUGAAUCUGGCCUGGGAAAGUCCACCCUGGUCAACAGUCUGUUUCUCACAGAUCUGUACAAAGAUAGGAAGCUGCUCAAUGCAGAAGAGAGAAUCACACAAACGGUAGAAAUCACCAAACACACGGUGGAUAUAGAGGAGAAAGGUGUCAAAUUGAAACUCACCAUUGUGGAUACCCCUGGGUUUGGGGACGCUGUGAACAACACUGAAUGCUGGAAGUCAGUGGCUGACUACAUUGACCAGCAGUUCGAGCAGUACUUCAGGGAUGAGAGUGGCCUCAAUCGCAAGAACAUCCAGGACAACCGCGUACACUGCUGCCUCUAUUUCAUCUCACCCUUCGGUCACGGCCUCCGACCUCUGGAUGUGGAAUUUAUGAAGGCUCUCCAUGAGAAGGUCAACAUUGUCCCAGUCUUGGCCAAAGCAGACACACUCACCCCUGGUGAAGUGAAGAAAAAGAAAAUUAAGAUCAGAGAGGAGAUUGAGCAGUAUGGUAUAAAGAUAUACCAGUUCCCCGACUGCGACUCUGAUGAAGAUGAAGAUUUCAAGCAACAAGACCAUGAGCUGAAGGAAAGCAUCCCCUUUGCAGUAAUAGGCAGCAACACCGUGGUGGAGGCCAAAGGGAAGAGGGUGCGAGGCCGUCUGUACCCCUGGGGCAUUGUAGAAGUGGAAAACCCAGCACACUGCGAUUUCGUGAAGCUGAGGAACAUGCUCGUUCGCACGCACAUGCAAGAUCUCAAGGACGUGACCCGAGAGACUCACUACGAGAACUACAGAGCUCAGUGCAUCCAGAGCAUGACCCGCAUGGUCGUCAAGGAGCGCAACCGCAAUAAGCUAACCCGGGAGAGCGGCACAGACUUCCCCAUCCCAGUGGUGCCCGGAGUGGCCGAGACCGAGACGGAAAAGCUCAUCAGAGAGAAAGAUGAGGAGGUACGGCACGCCGACCACGAACUGGAGUCGCAUCACGACCACGAGCAUGACUCUGCCCACAAUUUUGAUCACCACGAGCACUCAGACCGUCAGCCCAGCCCAGAGAGGCACUCAGAUCACAAAGGCGAUGAAGCUCUCUGAGUAUCUUUAGCUCACAGAUGAUGUGUUUACCCAAAAACUUUUUUUCUAAGUCCAGUCAGAUCACGUUUUGUGAAACUCACAAGAAAACAGUCUCAUAAACAGGAACUGGUUUAAUUAUAGAGUAAACCUGUAGCCUUUUGGAGCUUUAAACUGUGACUAGGAAAAGAGAUUGCCCCUUACACUCUCUGGAAGCACCAGGAUGUUUAUAACCACGCCAUCAUCCAGAGUUUCAGGAUGAACCUUCUCAGGAUUAAAGAAAGAAAAGCUUAAUGUAACAUGUGUUCCUGCACCUGAGCUCAUAACAUCUGACCAUGGCAGGUCAGAGAAGGUGGGAAGGAUAAUGAUGGGAAAGUGUUAAGACUGACAGAAAAACCUUGUUAGUGGGUAUUUAAAGGGCUACAUACUGUGCAAUACUGUGAUGCUUAGUGGAAGUAAAGUAGCAUAAAAAAGUAGGGAAAUUUGUGUUUGGUUGAUUGCUUCUUUGUUGUAACAAUGCUUCCAGGUAGUAAACCUUGUAUCCUUAUAUCUUAUGCAUUUGUCAGUCAAGCAGCAGAGUUGAGCCCAUGAAAAACUUCCCUGCCAAUGCCAAACAGCUAUGAUAUUGACUCUUGUUUGGUGUAAUUUAAUGGAUUAGAUUAUUUAAGUCUGAAGAAACAAAACAUACUUUAAUUGUUUAAUACAACCCCAAUGACCUGGCACCCUCCUCCUCAUGGUCACAUCCUGUUCUUCAAUCAGCAUUUGUCCCAAAUCAGCCAAUGUUAUGUUGGUCAUUAUGGCCCAAGCUGAUCCCACAAACAUGCCACUUACAGGUUUUUGGGAUCAGGGGUAAGGUCAGGAUGGAAGGUGGGCCAUUUCAUCCUCUCCACUCCCAAAAUCUGGAGGUAGUCUCUGAUAAACCCUUCUCUGUGGGGGUGGGGGGAUUGUCAUCUUAGAGAAUAGAGUUCAGUCCCAGACUGUAGAGAGAUGGCCAUUGGCUGCAAAAUCUCAUCUCGAAAUCUCUCUGCAUCGACCUUGCCUGCAGUGAUGACAAGCCUUGUUUUUCCUGUGAGCAACAAUCUGGACAUAACAGUCCUCCACAUGUUUAGGUCCCACCGCACAUGUUGCAGACACUGGUGCAAAGGAGCCUGAUG